AUGAGCAUAGAAGAAAAAAGCUCAGUCCAAAAGGCAGCUGAUAAGUACAGGUCUUUCUUACAUGAAGAGUCCAAUAACACCGUUUGGAGACACGGCGGCCCGCCCACAUAUGACGCCGUCAACCAAUUGUUCGAGCAAGGCCGGACCAAGGAGUGGCCUAAAGGGUCUUUAGAGGAGGUGGUUCAAAAUGCUAUCAAAUCAUGGGAGAUGGAGCUGUCCCACAAGACCCGUAUUCAAGAUUUCAGGACCAUAAGUCCUCAAAAAUUCAAGCUUAUUGUUAAUGGACGAAAGGGACUCUCGGCCGAGGAAACACUUAGGCUCGGAAGCUACAACGCAUUGUUAAAAAGCUCGAUGCCCGAUGAAUUCAAGUACUAUAAAGCCGAUGAGGAGAGUUUCGAGUCGUCACACGACCUUUUCCGGUCGGCCCUUCCUCGUGGGUUCGCGUGGGAGGUUGUGGCCGUGUACUCAGGCCCGCCAGUGAUCUCCUUCAAGUUCAGGCAUUGGGGCUAUUUUGAAGGGGCUUUCAAGGGCCAUGGCCCAACUGGGGAAUUGGUCCAGUUUUAUGGUGUUGGGGUUCUCAAAGUGGAUGAGUCCCUGAGGGCUGAGGAUGUGGAGAUUUACUAUGAUCCAGCAGAGCUUUUUGCUGGGCUGCUUAAAGGGCCUUCUCUUGCUGGACAGGCUUCUGGUGCUCCAUCUGAUAUAAUGUGCCCUUUCAUGGCCCAAUAA